AUGAGACGCCGCUCCAUGCACAUCCAGAAGCACGAGUGCUCUUCUUGCGGCUACCCUUCCGCCAAGACCCGCAAGUGUACGUCUCCCUCCCCCUCCUCCUCCUCCUCCUCGUGUCCCGUCCUGGGGCCAACACCUCCCAAGCUGCCCGGGAGGGGCCUCCCGCAGCGCAGGACCAUGAGCACCGAGAAGCGCCCGAAACAAAUGGCGCAACGAGUCGUGGCUAACGUGGAGGGGAAAACAGACAACUGGGGCGAGAAGGCUAAGCGAAGAAAGACCGUCGGCACCGGCCGCUGUCGCUACCUCAAGGACGUCUCUCGCCUGUUCAAGAACGGCUUCCGGACCGGCACUCCCAAGGGUGCCCGUGGCCCUUCCUCCAAGGCGGAGUAG